AUGGCAACAGUAGCCGCGCGUGACCCGCGAGGAGGUCGAGGGAAGGCGAGAGUUCGGCAAUCUCCAAGCUCAUGUACUGGCGGAGGUCACGAGGUUUGCGAAGGUGUUAACGCCGGUGACGCUGGCGGCCAUACUGCUGUCGCUGGUCGUGUGGAACGAGGACUCGGGACAGGAGAAAGACGUGGAGGCAGUACAGCUCAGCGGGCGGUAAGAGCUUCAAAUCUUGCAGGAGUGAACUGCGGUGGUGGUGGUGGUGAUCAUGGUGUGCGAGGAGGUGGUGUUCAAGGAUGUGAAUCUCGAGGAGGUUGUGGAGGGCAGAAGGCACGUCCAGCUACAGACACGGCCACUUCAAAAGCAAACGAAAUGGAUGAUAGUGAACUUAGCGAUGGUGUCAGCAGGGAGGUUGAUAUUGACCAUACUGUCCCUGAAUCACCCCAAGCGGGUGUUGCACAAGGAGCGCCUACGACGCCAGCACGAACGCCCCCCAUCAUGUUGCAAGAUGUCUACAUCAGCAAGUUGGUGGCAUUCUCGCCCAACAAGGAGAAGUGGAUGAAAGCUAAGGCUUACCGACCUAUUGGUACAGCUUACAUUAUUGGCCGGGUGUACUGUCAAGUGAAGAAGGACAAGAACGCAUCCCUCUUUCAGAUUCGCUGGCUAGAUAGCCAAUUUCAUAGCGCCGUUGAGCACAUCAGCGUGGGCUUCGUGCAGCUCGGCAUCAAAAACUAUCUUGCUCUGACUCGAGUGAAGAACCCGGACUGGCGGAUUCUUGUGCGCCCUGACCCUGCUGACGUGAUUGUGUUCGAGGAGGAAGCAUCAGAUUGCGAAGAAGAGGUGCUUCACGCUUUUGACCCCACAGACUUGCUUCCAACCAGCUUCGCCGAGGUUGAGGCCAUCAAAAACAUGCGCUUUAUCCCUUCUGGGGUAACUGAGGGGCCCUCCUAUCUGUAUCAGCACGAGAACGGGUCUACACAAACAUACCUGCGUCCUGAAUAUCGGCAUCUGUUCGAGCACUCGGCAAGUUCGAGCUUCUUCGCUUACAUUCCCCUAUACUUUUGGCGCCAAGUGCUGCACGAGACCAACACGUACGCCGUAGUGAACAACAUACGAGUGGCGACACCGUUCACUCUCGAGGAGUUGAUGGUUUUCCUGGGCAUCCUGUUCUUUAUGGCCAUGAACGACAAAGGCGAGUACGCCAACUACUGGGGGCUACAAGCCGAAGAUUUGAUUUUCGGUGGUAAUACUACGUCGCUCGAUGGUAUCAUGACCCUCCAUCGAUUCAAACUGUUGCGCCGGUGUCUAAGCUUCAAUGCCGUCCCUAAUACCCUCGAGAAGGACGGCGCAGCACGCAUCCGGCCACUCUUCAACUUGCUAGAGAUUACGGGAGGCCAGUAUAUUCAUGUAGGGAGCAAUGUCGCUCUGGAUGAGGCCAGCGUUGCCUGCCGGUCGCGCCAAGGCCGUCACAUGAUUGUGUAUAACCCCAUGAAGCCGACCGGGAAAUAUCAUUUCCGGCUCUAUAUGGUGUGCUGCUCUACGUCAUGGAUCGCGUUGAACUAUAAGCUCCACUGUAAUCGGAGCGACAUCCUGGAUCGACUUAGUGACAGCACGUUCUGGAAGUGA